GUAACGAUCAGCUGUUGUUGUUGUUGAUGGUAGCUCACGCCAGUUUGUGACAGGUUAUGGGGAUCUGCAUUUAUUUUGCUGAAGCAUUGACAGCAGUUGCUAUACUGCAUGCCUUGGAAGUCCGAGUGUGGUUAUGGCAAUUAACAGAAAUAUUAUCAACUGCACUUCCUACACGAUGGCCUACGGUCAGCUUGUUGUCAUGGACUUUCGUGGGGCUUCUAUUUUGGGCUUAUCUGUACCUGCUGUAUUACAGAAUGGUUCAGUUGCUACUGAAGAGGAUGGAAUUGAUCGAACCACAUAGGUCCCUCCUGGUGGAAACCUUUUGGAAAGCUGGAUUUCUGUGUUGUAGCGUCACAUACUUUAUUACGAAAUUCAUUCUCGACCAUGGAACCAAUGUUGACGAUUGGCUUCCUGAACUGGUUAAACAAAACAUUUUUCAUGGAAAUGAUCCCGUCACACCCUGUUCGAAGAAAUAUUUUGGCCUAUAUUGUGCGUUUUAUGUACAUGAUCUGUGGGUGACAACUUCGAGAAGAGGAUUUAAUCUAACAAGUUCAACGAAACUUUUCUUUUAUCUGUUUGUGUUGACUGCGCACUUAAUGAGGUGUGUGAAGGCUGCAUACUUGUUUGUGAUCUUAAUGAACAUUGAAGCAUUACCAGCUUGUGGUGCAGCAGCCUUUGUUCUGUUUGAUCGGCCUGUGUGGAGAGGUGCAUUUCGUAUAGCAGGAGUCGGGGUGAUAUCCCGUAUACUGUUUGCAGCUCACACCUUUGUAUGGGCGACAAACAUGUUCUUCCUGCUGCCUACCUUGUUGCUUUAUCCAGCUGUCACAACGGAGGUCAGGCAGCCGGAUGUUCUUCCUCUUAUUGCACUCAAUGCAGUCCUAUGGACGUUCUACUGUCUUAAUUUUGUGACAUCACCGACGUGCCGUCUCAUUUACCUGUACCUGCAAAGCCCGACAUCAGGUGUGAAACACAGAUCACUGUUGGACGCAGCGUUAUUUCCUCCUGAGACUGACGUGAUUAAAGAGUUGCAAAGGAUACGAGAGGAGGUACGAGCAACUCGGAACCGUAGAGCGAAAGAAGCUGCAGCUGGCAGAAGGUCAGAACACCACGGGGGCUCAGUGACAGCAUGCGAUAUCAACAGGCGAGGACUGAAACUCUACCAGACAAUUAAAUGUGUGAUGGCAGUGAAGCGCCGCCUGAAGCGGCAGAGAGAGAUGCAGCAGGCACUUGCAGAAGAUGAGUCCUCGGAGUCUCCCACCACCACAUCACCAGCUGAAAGCUCUCCCGCCGAAAGCUCUCCUGCUACCUCCACUCCAGACACGCCACUAUCACCUGAUUUCCCUGUUUCUGAUGAAACUGAUGCCUGAAUCUCUCUUCAAUUUGUGGAAUAUACUAUAACUAGUAACGCAAGUUUGACAGGCCUAUAGAAAAUGAGAGCAAAGCUUAAAAUUCAAGAUUGUUUUCUACACUUAAACUUUCAUUGUUCCUAUCAAUAAGCAAUAGACAGGUGAGAACUGAAAGCUGAAACAGGGGAGAGAAAAAAGUCUCAGUUCAUACUGGCAGUUUAUAAAAGUGAAGCAGUUGCAGGACAAAUUCAAGAUCUUAUUAAGGUAACAGAGAUGCUGUAGAAUGACAUGCAUUAGAAAUUUUGUAAGUAUGUCAGUUGUGAAGCUCAAGCAGAUCUUUUAUAACAUGUGCUUCUCAAGUGUCAGCACGCAUAGUUGAAGAAUAUUUUGCACGUGUGUCGAAACUUCCCUUUUCUUUUGUGAAUUGAUGAUGCAUUUCUUGACUUGAAAAAACUCUUCAGUCACAUAGCAAAUUACGGCCAUUUCUGGGGGUGUGUUCUUGCUAUGGACACUUUGCUUUCAUCUUCCCUUCAGAAAAAAAUAAAUAAAAAUAUUUUAAUUUCCACUUGCUUUAAACUGCUAAUAUUAAGGGUGUUCCACCAGCAGUUAAAAAUCUUAUUUUGAAGAACAACAAAAACGUAUAGCAUUAAACUACAGUUGUCAGUCGGUAAUAAUGAAUUUGAAGAACAUCACUUCCACAAGUCUGUUCUUUUAAAAAUAGUACUUUAUUAUGCACUACUAUCUAGUUUGCAGUGUUUCUCAUUCUCAAACGUGUCUACAAACAUAUCAACCACAUACCAGAUUGAAAUGUAAGUCAGAAUAUAAAAACCUCUAUGACUGCAUUGGUAGUUGAACAACAAUUGUUGUGUGACUUGUAUUUCGUUCAUAACCUUUUGGAAUAAAAUGAGAAACAGUGCUAGAUGAUAUUUAAACAUCAAAUAACAUGUUUGAAACAUGGAAAGUAGAAAACUGUUUCUUGAAAUUCCCCUCUGGUCUUAUAACAUACAGGUUGCAUUUUAUAUAGUUAUCGUGAGAGAACUGGGUUAGAAUAAAUUAAAACAAAAACUAUAGGCUAUAUCUGAAAUAGAUUUCCUUCAUGGAAUAAUGAUCUUAGAAGGGAGUGGAGGUUAACUAAAGCCAUAACUUUCAAACAAAGGUAUAAUUUAGUUUUGAAAGCCAAGGGAUGAAAUCUGGCAGAAAUUAAAGGAUUCCCACCACCAAUUUAAGCAUUAUUUCAUGAUGUGUUGAUACGAUAUAGGUUAACUUCCCAGAAAGAAACUACAUUAAUGCACAGAUUAGAUUGGCGAUUGUAUUGUAGAUUGUAAACAGGUCCAAGCAAUUUGGCACAGUCUAAUGCACUUGUCUUCAUUUUGGAGGAACUAGGUUUCUGUUCUCAUUUGAUAAUCAAAGUUAACCUUCCAAUGGUUUUGCUAAAUUGAUUAAUAAGAAUGCUGUGAGUGUCAGUAGGAGAAGGAUGAGUCUGAUUUUUCUUUCCCAUCUUUGUACCCUUUUCUGAUUUAAACUGAUGCUGCAUCUCUGAACACCAUAUCAGUGAGGUGCUAAUCUUACUUCAUUGCAAAUUCCAGAAUACAAAUUAUGAGCUGCAGCCAGUUAUAGACAAGAAAUGUAACUCCAGAAGUAUUUUACAGUGAGCUAACAGGGAUGGAAAUAUAUAGAAAAAGGCAUACAUUAAAUUUUUAUGUGCAUGAAUUGCAGCCAGCUGUGCUGCAUCCCAUGGUCUACUGGACCGAAUCACAGAGGUAUUUUUAGUUCUUCAUCACCCCCCACCCCAAGUCUUUCCCUUUUCAUUGUCAUGCCCUGGGGGCACCAAAUUAGAUGGAAAAAACAUUUGCUCUCAUCCUAAUUGUUGGAGCCGUUUUAUCAUUUCCUGAAAGUGAUGUAGGAAAAAAAUGUUCUACUGUUCUGUGUUUUCUUAGCUUUUCUAUAAUUUUUCUGUUUCUGAAACUACUAAAAGCAGAUAGUUCUUCUUGGUGUAAUUUUUAACCUUUGUUUUGAAUAUCAUGUUCUUUAAAUAAGAUUGAGGCUGGCUGAAGUUACAUAAUUUAGAAAUUAUGGUAGGUAGUGUUUUCUUUUAUUCAUAUCUAUGAGGGUAAGUCAUGAGUAUCUACAGUCAAUUUUUAUAAUUUAUUACAACAAGAAUACAAAAUGUUUAUUGAUAUCAUUUUUCAACAGUCAUCAUCCUGCUUUUCAGUGCACUUAGUCCAUCAUUGCACAAGCUUUGUGAUACCCUCUGAAAAAAGGUAUUUGAUUGCACAAUAAGCCAUGUAUGCACUGUUUCUUUUGCCUGUUUACUGGAGCUGAAUCGGUGGCCACUUAAAGCAUCUUUAAGUAGACCAUUCAUUUCAGAAAGGUUUCAUCUUCAUUAGCAUGAUGGUGCCGACAGAUUUUCAUGUAGUUACACUUGUGCUCUUUAUAGAGUUUUUUUUUUUUUUUCUUUUUUUUUUCUUUUUAACACAUCUUGCACCGAUUUUGUGAAAGUUGGGCACAUUAUGUACGAUUUUGUGUGCUGUAACUAAUCUGUAUAUGGUUUGCCACAUGAUGAGCAGUCAUUUGAUGGGCUGAUUCAAUAUUGUCACAGUUGUGGCUGUAGCUGGACAACUCACUCUUUCUUCGUCCUUCACACUCAUCCAACCACUUUCGAACAAAUCAUUGUCCCCAUCUUAUGCUGACAAUCUUCUAUGAAUUGCCACUGCUGGUACACCUUCAGACCACAAAAAACAGACGGAACACUGUUCUUCUACGGUGCAAACAGAGCGGCACAGACUUCUUUAUAUUGCAACAGUACAAAGCAGAUGAUGUAAUGAUGCUGCAACCUACCACAGGUGAAGACAAUGGUGCAGUGUAGUGGCUGGUGAGCACACAAAGCCAUAGAGGCUGCCUAAAGAUAAUUGGAGCAGAAGUGCAGAUACUUACUGACUUAGCUUCAUAGUUCAGCAAAUAAAACAAAGUACUGCAUACUGUGUGACACCAGUACUGAUAUGUUGACACGCUGGACAGUUGUUAUGAAAUUAAAAUCAAUGUUUACAUACAAGGUUCAUACUAAUAGUACGUGUACCAUUGAAUAAUUAAUGCUGCUACUGUACGUUUGUCCACGUAAAACAGUAUUUGUGGUUUGAAAAAACAAAGAUUGUAAAAUGCCACAUGUCAGUAGCCUUUAGUAUAUGUGUUGUAUAGCAACGCAUGAUUUUAUGUCAAUUAUCUGACUUAAUCUGCAGCCGAAAUCUUAGAUUCCUACAAAAAUUUUGUUCAGUUUUCUGCCUUUGCUUGAUUAUAUGAUGAUAGUAAGUGAUAGGGUACAUUUUCAUAUCCUAUUCCCUCCCUCUUAUGCAACAACUGUAAUAAAGAAAGUGGUUUGUUGUUCUUAUAGUUGAAUUUCAGUGAAAACUGGUACCAUAUUGGAGAGUAGAAAUUCUUGUUAUUUGUUGAACAGAAAGCAACAGGGUUUGUGGCACAGCAGGAGUGGGAUGGAGGAUAAUAGUCGGCAUCUUGUCUCUUGCAUAUCAAGUGUGUAUCUGUAAGGGUUUCAAAGUAAAGUAAAGAUUGAAACCAGUUAAGGUCCUUUUGCAACAUGUACAUAUCUUAAGCACACUUUUUUGUGCAAAUUCAAGGGGUUCAUAUUUUCUUGUACUUAAUGUUGUUGGUAUGUGUGAAAUUUUUAAACAGAAAUAAAUGUUAAUAAUACGCUUAUCUGUGAUAUCAGGACUGUUGCAAUGUAUAGCAUAAACAUACAUAAAGCUUUGCAGCAAGUUGUGCAGAUCUAUGUAUAUAUCUAUUUAUUUGCUAAGAACAUUGAAUUGUUCUUUCAGAGACUUAACAGAUGUUUGUGAUUUAAAAUGUGUAUGACUCUUUGUUCUAUUUAUUUUUGUUGCUGUAAAAAUAAAUGUUAGCCUAAAUGACUUUACCUGGAAAUACAGUGUAUUUCAAUAUUUAGAUUAUAAUAAAUACCAUCUCAUGUGUAGGUUAUAUCAGCACAUGCAUUGCAGAACUUUUUGCGUUGAACCACAACCUUCUUACCAAUUCCACUAUAACUUCCCACUGCUUACUGUUUUUGUUCAGCAGUUGCACUUGCAUUGAAGGUAAAUGAACAUCACAUUGUGCAAUUGUUUUCUAACCUGUGACAGUAUAUACCUCAGUUCCCUGCACAGAGCUCAAGAUAAGUGGCUGUUGGAUUUUAAAAUUACUGAUGUCUCCCACAUCCACUGUGAUUUAUUCAGCACUUGGUGUUUAAUGGAAAGAGUAUUCAGGAAGUAAGUUCUAUUUGAAAUUUGAUGUAUUGCAAUUGAAUGCAGUUACACCAGUAAUGGGCCUCUUAUUGCACUACUGGUAGAUUGUUAAUAAUAAAUUACACUGUCACCUGGAAUAUGGCCAGUCUGCAGUGCAGUGAAACUAUUGUCUUUGGCCCUGUAUUGUCUAGGAGAUUGGUUGCAUCCACUGCUUUCACUUCCAUUAAUAGUCAACUGCACCCAGUUUCCUGUAAGUGCACAAAUAAGUGGUAGUGAAGUGGCAAGCUACUACAAAUUACUUUAGCCAGGAGUCGUUGUUUGCAAUUAAUUGAGAAUUUAAUGUAACAAAUUCCAUCAACACUCUUCACUGUUAGCCUAAAGUGCUAUUAACAGCAAAGUACUGCACCAGAUAUGCUUGAAACUAUUAAAGUCAGUAAUCUGACUCGUGAGCCCACUCACUACACUACACAUAACACUUCAGAAUUUCUAUGUUCUGAACACUGAGUUACAAGUAAAUGUUGGUACUUGCGAAAUUUUUAAAUAGAAAAAUUUUUUUUAGCAAUAUACUUAUUUGUGAUAUCAGGACAAUUGAAAUACAUAGCAGAAACAGACAGAAAGCUUCGCAGCAUGUUGUGCAAACAUAUAUAUGUAUAUUUACUUGUUAAAACAUUGAAUUAUUCUUUCAAAGGCUGUGAUAUGUUUUGUAUAACAGUACUGACUUAAUAGAAGUUUGUUAUUUAAAAUAUGUAUGACUCUUUGUUCCAUUUACUAAUGUUGUUGUGAAAAUGAAUGUUAGCCUGACCGAUUUUACUUGGAAUGACACCGGAACAGUGGCAAAUGAAGUUCUGACUGUAGAUAAUCCAAGUUAUGUAUGAACCACCAGCUGCAAGUAAAUAGUGUCCUGACUAUCUGUCAAACCACAAAUGAAUUCAAAUGCUAACUGUGGCUAAUUCACAAAAGUUCAAACACUCAAACAGCAUCCACAACUGGAAAUAUUACAAAUUCCUAGAAAUGCACUCAAAAAAAUUGGCAAAGUCCACAAAACCACCAAAGAAAGUAGUUCGAACUGUGACUCAAACAAAACUCUUUUUCACAAAUGCUGAAAUAUUCAGCACAUCAUCCACUUCAAAAAUAUCCAUUGUGUUCUCUGUGCCUCACAUGGUUGCCAAAUACAAGCAGAUCAGUAAAGCUUGUUUGACAUGGAGUAAGAUUUGUUGCAAGUUUACUUGAAAACACAAGUGACUGCUCCCAAGUAGGUGCCAUUGUCCACUACAGUGGAUCCUCACUUAACCGAAUUUCAAGACACUGAAAUAUAGCCAGUUUGGUUUAAUGAAGUUUGAACUAGUGACAUUAUUAUUUAU